UUUGGCAGAGCAAACGAUAAGUAUUUGCGUGGAUGUCAACGACGAGUGUCCCUCGCAUUUUCCUUCCACGAGCCGGCAGCUCGCCGCCGGGACGAGACAAACGCGACGCCCCCGUUCGUUGCUGCCCCCGUCCACAUGCGACCACAUCAACCAACGCCUACUGGAGGAAGCCAAGUGGAAAACACCGCCUUGCUAGAUCCAGUCAGGAUCCGCCGCGCACCAUCGCUGCCUGCUUCUCCUUGUCGCAGUCCCUAGCUACCACUACCGCAGCAUACGCAGCCAUGGACGCGGCCACCUCGACGACGCUGCUCUACGGGGCGCUGCUCGUGGCCGCCUUCCUCUACGUCGCCACCCUCCGGCGUGGCCGCGGCAGGGGCGAAGGCGGCCUGCCGCCGGGCCCCAGGGGCCUGCCGCUCUUGGGCAGCCUGCUGUCCCUCGACCCGGACCUGCACACCUACUUCGCCGGCCUCGCCGACAAGUACGGCCCCAUCUUCUCCAUCCGACUCGGCUCCAAGCUGGGUAUUGUCAUCACCUCCCCGGCGCUGGCCCGCGAGGUGCUGCGCGACAACGACCUCGUCUUCUCCAGCCGAGACAUCCCGGACGCCGCGCGCUCCAUCUCCUACGGCGGCGGCCAGAACAUCGUCUGGAACCCCGUCGGUCCCACCUGGCGUCUGCUCCGCCGCGUCUGCGUCCGCGAGAUGCUCAGCCCUGCUGGCCUGCAGAACGUGCACGGCCUCCGCCGCCGCGAGUUCAGGGCCACGCUCGCGCACCUACACUCCAUGGCCAGCGCCGGCAAGCCGGUUGACGUCGGCGCGCAGAUGUUCCUCACCACCAUGAACGUCAUCACCGGCACGCUGUGGGGCGGCAACAUAGGUACCGAGAGCGAGCGGACGGCGGUGGGCAAGGAGUUCCGGGAGCUUGUCGCGGAGAUCACCGAAAUGCUCGGCGCGCCCAACGUGUCAGACUUCUUCCCGGCGCUGGCGCCGUUCGACCUGCAGGGAAUCCGGAAGAAGUCGGACGCGCUCAAGGACAGGUUCGACGAGAUCUUCGGCAGGAUCAUAGAGAAGAGGGUCGAGGCGGACCGGGCCGGCGGCGACACGGCGGAAGACUUCCUCGAAUACAUGCUCAAGAUGGAGAAGGAAGGUGGCGACGGGAAGGCCGCCUUCACUAUGACCAACGUCAAGGCCCUGCUCAUGGAUAUGGUAGUUGGGGGAACAGAGACGACGUCGAACACGGUGGAAUGGGCCAUGGCGGAGAUGCUACAAAACCGGCGGAUACUGCGGAAGGUGCAGGAGGAACUCGACGCGGUGGUUGGGAUCGAUGGCGUGGUGGAGGAAUCGGAUCUCCCGCAGCUGCACUAUCUGCAUCUGGUGGUCAAGGAGACGCUCCGGCUGCACCCGGCGCUGCCGCUCAUGGUGCCGCACUGCCCCAACGAAGACACGACCGUCGGCGGCCACCGCGUCCCGGCGGGAAGUCGCGUGUUCGUCAACGCGUGGGCUAUCAUGAGGGACCCCGCUGCGUGGAAGGACCCGGCGAAGUUCAUCCCGGAGAGGUUCGCCUCUCAGGCAAGCGACGGCGACGGCGGGCGGAAGGUGGACUUCACCGGCAGCGAGCUGGACUACGUGCCGUUCGGGUCGGGGAGGAGGAUCUGCGCGGGCAUCGCCAUGGCCGAGAGGAUGACGGCAUACUCGGUGGCCAUGCUGCUGCAGGCCUUCGACUGGGAGCUGCCGGAGGGAGCGGCGCUGGACCUGACAGAGAAGUUCGGCAUCGUCAUGAAGAAGGCCACGCCGCUGGUCGCCGUUCCGACGCCGAGGCUUUCCAGACCCGAGCUCUAUUCCGCAUAGAUAGCUGAUCCUACUCCAUGACCAUGACUCCGUGCUCGAAUCAGUUGAGCAUGCAAUACAUUUCCCCUCUCGUGCUGUUGGUCCAAACAAAAGUUUGUUUUUCUACGGUUGCAAUUCUCUGCUUCUUCUGUAGUAGUAGCAGUGUGCAGACAGUAUCUAUUAUAUCUAUAUACCUAUUACAAUAUUUAUAUGGAUUUUGAUA